CCCAAGUCACAAGUCACAACUAUAGAACAGUGAAGUGCACUGCUUUGUCAAACUUUUGAAUUCAAUCAUUACGUGGGUGAAACUUAAAUAUUUUUCCUGUUUUGUCGGUUCAAAAUCCAAUCUUUAAUUUUCUUAAUAAACCCAGGAAUGUCGCACAAUAUAAUCAAACUCCCCCAAAUUUCACCUACCACAAUCCAAAAUCCAACCUUAAAUCUCCCCCAAUUUUCACAAAUUUGCCCUAAUUUCUCCCAAAAUCAAUGGAUAAAUCUGAAGCAGAAAUUCCAUUUAAAAUCUCCGAAAGAAUCACACUUAACGGUACCCUAAUUCCCUUAACCUUCAACUCCGACGUAAUUCUCCGGUGGGUUGACGGCGGCGAUGAAAAGUCCUUGUCUUUGGAGAAGGAGGUUCUAGGAGUUUCAAUGGAAGAUUCUAGAAUCAUCCUCAAAUGUGCUGUUAAGAGCAGUGGUAGUGGUGGUGGGAUUCUCUGUUGCUCACCCACAGAAGGUUUGGUGAGGAAGAGUUUAGUUUUGGAAGCUUCUUCUCAGGAGUAUCUUCAGCUUUGGUUCCAGAAGCUGCGAGAAUUUCUCGAUUCUCUUGGUCGACCAAAGAGGCUGUUUGUUUUGGUGAACCCGUAUGGCGGAAAGAAGUCUGCGUUACAGAUAUUUGUUGAUACUGUGCGGCCAUUGCUUGAGGAUGCCGAAAUCCAAUUUACACUACAAGAAACCAAAUAUCAGCUACAUGCAAAGGAACUUGCUUAUGGACUAGAUCUUACCGAGUAUGAUGGUGUCAUUUGUGUUAGUGGUGAUGGCAUCUUGGUUGAGGUAGUGAAUGGCUUGCUGCAAAGGCAUGAUUGGGAUACUGCAAUAAAGAUGCCUAUUGGAGUGAUUCCUGCAGGUACUGGCAACGGUGUAGCUAAAUCUUUGUUGGAUUCAGUUGGUGAUCCUUGUUCUGCAGUUGAUGCCACUGUUGCAAUCAUUCGGGGUCACAAAACCUCCCUCGAUAUUGCUACUAUUUCACAAGGGAAGACAAGGUUUUUCAGUGUCUUAAUGCUUGCAUGGGGUCUUGUGGCAGACAUAGACAUUGAAUCAGAAAUAUGGAGGUGGAUGGGAGGGGCUCGUUUAGAUUUAUAUGCCGUAAAAAGAAUAUUUCAGUUGAGGAAAUAUAAUGGGCGUAUACAUUUCAUCCCUGCAUCUGAUUUCGAAGACUAUACGGAGAAAAUAAGCCAUAAAGCUAUAUCAGUUCAAGAUGUGCCAUUUUGCAGUUUGAAGAGAACGCAGACUGAUGCUCAAGAAAGUGGCUAUUUAGGGCCUAACAUUGACCUGGAAAACAUGAAUUGGCGGACCAUAGAAGGACCGUUUGUAUCAGUUUGGAUCCAAAAUGUACCUUGGGGAAGUGAAGGUUCAAUGCCAGCUCCUAAUGCCAAGUUUUCAGAUGGUUAUCUAGAUGUAAUCCUUAUGAAAGAUUGCGCGAAAUUGGGUUUGCUGUCAGUAUUGACUAGUUUGAGCAAUGGAAAGCAUUUGAAAUCGCCUCACGUCCUGUACUUUAAGGUGAAAUCCUUUAUAUUGGAGCCCGGAUCUCGUACUAAAGACUCAACAAAAGGAGGAAUCAUAGACUGUGAUGGCGAGGUGUUGGCCAGAGGUAAUGGUACAUAUAAGUGUGACGAAAAAACCUUGAUGUCCUACGAUAAUCUUCAAAUCACCAUUGAUCAGGGUCUAGCUACUCUAUUUUGCCCUACCCUUUGAGUAAAAAUUGUAUUUGUUUAUUCUAAUUUUACAAAUCACAUCAUGUAUUUUUUUAACAAACGUCAUAGGAUUUCACAUUUGAUCAACGAUUGUGUGUAAUUAGUUGCUUGGAAAGGAAAUUAUAUAUAUUUAUGCUUGGACUGCCAUUUCUGGCCCUUUUCUAUUUUUGGCAAAUUAUUUCAAUCACAAAUUCUUUGCAGAA